AUGACCUCGUCAGGCGCGUCGACCCCAUGCUCGGAAAUGUCCCUCGGCCUCCCCUCUGCGUUGGAGGCGAGCGAGCCGCCAUCUCCCUCGUCCAUCGCCGCCGCACUCUUCCACCGCAGCCCUGUCCCGCCCGCCACCCCACCGAGCGAGGCUCUCAAGGACCUUCCCCCAGCCGUCAACGUCAAGCCCAUGGCUGAGGACGCGUUGCUAAGCUGCAUAAAGCCAAUGUGGGGCAAUGUGGUAUGGUCGCGUGGAUUUGGCAGUGUGGGUGCCGCUGUGAGACAAGGCGUUUACCAGUGA